CUGCACUUUAACCUCAGUCAUUGUAUCAUUUCAAAUCCAAAGUGCUGGGGUACAGAGCCAAAACAACAACAAAAUGUUCACUGUCUCAAUACCUCUGAAGCUCACUGUACAUACACAAUUGAAAUAUUUGAUUAUUUCAUAGUAAUUUCCUAUUUUUCUAUUGCUUUCUACCCAAUGUGGACCAGACAGAGACAUUGGAAUAUUUUAAAUGUUUUGGCAAUUGAAUGUUGAAUAGUUUGGGCUUUGGAAUUUCCAUUAAAAAGCUUUACAGUCAUUGUAAAACAAUUGAUCAUAACCGAAAUUAUUUAAAUUAUCAAACCGAACUGACCUCAAAAAGCACUAAUCGCUCAGCACUAAUGGAGAGUCGGGAAAAUGUUUUGUUGCUUCGAAUCACUGCAAUCCACGGCAAAUACUUUGCAUUACAAACCAUAUCAAAUUCAAACAUUGCAUUGCAUAAUUCAAGGCAGUACACAAUUAGAUAGCUAACUGAGAUAUAGAGUUAGUUUGCUACCAACUAACUGUUGCUACUUUAGUUGUAAAGUACACUAUAAUUAUGCACAAUGAUGUAAACUCGCUAGGCUGGAGAAAAUGUUCAUCAUUUCUAAGUGUCACCAACAGUUGAAGAGAUGACCAGCAAAUCAGAACCAGCUCCUUUUAGGCAACUUGUUAGCUUUCACUGGAGCUCCCAAUCAGACUAUUUGGGGAUGAAGACAUUCGUCAGAUGUUCCUUAUCCGGCAAAGUACAGACAUCAGGGAAUUAUCAAGAAUAGUAACCUUCCACGGUCGUGAGGAAAGUGUUCCAAAGUAUACGCCACAAGCGACACCAUCUAAAAAUCCAUAUUACAUUCGUUUAAAAAAGCAGAGGUGUUUUGACAAACCCCGACAAAACGGGUCAACAGCAGUUAUCCACAGCCAUCGCUCCUCCUUCUCAGUGGCAUCGAUCACCCCUCAUCGCUAGCUCCUCCUUCUCAGUGGCAUCGAUCACCCUUCAUACUGUACGCGGCAACAACACACCGAGAGAGAGACGCUACUGGGGGAGGAUAGAGGAUCAGUCGACGCCGUGGAUAUGGUCUAAAAUAAUAUCCGAAGAGGCAAACGGUACACCUUUCUCCCAAAUAGGACUUUGAUUCGAAAGGUGGAAAACUGCCAACAAGAUUACUAUUAUUUAAAUUCACCCUACCGACCCCCCCCCUCCCUCUACUCCACCCUAGCUACCGAGAUGCACACCGAGACUCGAAGCAAGAAAUGCCUGUCGAGUCCUAAGGCCAGAGGUGGUGUCAGCUCCCAGCCACAACCCAAGAAGGAGUCCCAACCCCAGCGGCCCGAGUUGACCAAGAAGGAACCCAAGACGGAGCCUCAUACCCAGGAGGAAGAAGAAAACAUGCCCUCGGUACACAUCAAACCAGAACCACAGGAGGUGGAGUCCACGCAGGCUGAAGUAGGCGAGGAGUGUCCCCAGCCUACAGACCUGAAGAUCAAGACAGAGAAGACUCAACCUGUGUCUCCCCCUCCACUCUGCACAGCCACAGACACAACAGCAGACGACUCCUCCCUCCCCCCGGAGGACCAGACGGAACCUGUCGACCUGUCCCUCGGCAAGCCUCGCUCCUCCCUGCCCGUCUCUACGCCGACARCCAACCCCGUCCCGAGUUCCGUGGCGAUGCCCACGCUGUCGGCAACCCCCAUCCAUACGAUGCUCUCGCCCGGGUCCAUCCUAGCAUCCACCCAGGGGGCAGGCGGUCAGCAGAUCCUGCAUGUCAUCCACACCAUCCCAUCGGUCAACAUGCCCAGUAAGAUGGGCCAGCUGCAGACCAUCCCCGUGGUGGUCCAGUCUCUGCCCGUGGUCUACACCACCAUGCCCACGGACGGGGUGGCCACCGCUGCCAUCACAGUGCCCCUCAUCGGGAGCGACGGGCGCUCGGAGGGAUCCGUGCGUAUCAAGCCUGGCUCGGCGUCCCCAGUGGAGUACCAGAGUGACAGUGAUGUGGAGAGUGGGACAGAGUCGGGUUCUGCUUCCUUCAGUACCCGGGACUGGACACAGGGACACAGGGUGGUGGUUCUGUGGGCUCAUCUCCAGUACCACAGGGUGGUGGUUCUGUGGGCUCAUCCUCCAGCAGGUGGUGGUUCUGUAGGGCUCAUCCUCCAGUACACAGGGUGGUGCGUUCUGUACGGGCUCAUCUUCCAGUCAGGCGUAGACAUGGACAUGCAGGUGGAUCCUGAUUCGCCGGAUAUGAAGAGGAGGCGUGUCCAUAUGUGUGACUAUGAUGGCUGUAACAAGGUGUACACCAAGAGCUCACACCUCAAAGCCCACCGCAGGAUACACACAGGAGAGAAGCCGUACCACUGUACAUGGGAGGGCUGUACCUGGAGGUUCGCCCGGUCAGACGAGCUGACGCGACACUUCCGUAAACACACGGGCAUCAAGCCCUUCCGCUGCACCGACUGUGACCGCUCCUUCUCCCGGUCUGACCACCUAGCCCUGCACCGGAGACGCCACGUCAUGAUGUGAACCAUGACCCCUGACCUUUGACCUUUAAACCUUAAACCCCCUGCUACCUUCGCCCUCCAACCCAUCACCUCCCUCCCCAGCCCCCCUCGGGACUCAGAUGGAACUCAAAUGGGARGGCCUGAACUCUGACCCCUAGAGGUUCUCUGCUGUGUCACUUCCUUUGGCUGUUCCCCCUCCUCUCCUCUCUCUAAAAAAAGAACCAAGGUUAAGACAACAUACAUUUUCCACGCGGGAGCGUUAGAAAAUAAACUCAUACAUUGGACCAACACUGAUUCUACAGGAUUACCAUUGAAAACGUCACCAGUGGUCAAGAAAUCAAGUAAUAAAGUGGCGGUAGAUCAUUUGAAAAACAUUUACAUCAAUAGAAUGACCGUAAAACAGUUAUGUUAUGUGUUUGCAGAGUAGUUAGCUGAAGUUCACUACGAUUGUGUUUAUUUUCCACUUUGAUGGCGAGCUUUCUGUACUGCUAAAAUUCCCUUUCAGUCAUUUUUGAUCGCAUUGCUGGUCCAUUGUUUAGACCUAGUCUUCUCUACGCCCACGCCUCGUCCUCCAUUUUGAACUGUGGGUCAUCGUGGAGAUCAUUACAUUCAAGAGGUGGAGAAUGAAGAUCCCAAAAGGAUGACAAGAGUUUGUUGUUUUCUGGUUGCUUAGCACCUGAAGGGGUAGUCCACGACUCUCAUACCCCACAGCUUACCUCCUCGUUUCUCCCUCACACCCCACGCAGUGUGCACACAGCCAGAGGCCAUCUACUUCAACAGCACCCUAUCCAUCCAGAAGAUCRACUAGGGAAGACAAACCAGGGAUAGAGCAGAGAGAGAUGGACAGGCUGGACUGAGAGAGAGACCGAGGACAUACUUUGAAAUGAUGCAGGGUUACCUACAUCACACACUCGGCGCAGAGCAAGAAGAGGAGGGGGACAGAGAGGAGGUGGAGGAGGCAGGGAAGGAUAUGUGGCUUUUGUUUCAGUUUUGUUUAUUUGAGAGGGGAAAACACUUCAGAGAUUACUUUUCAGCUGUCGAGCAACUGUUUACUGUGUCUGAUCAUCUUCUGUUAACCUGCGCUGCGUGCAUGGGCUAGCCGUCUGUACGUGUGUGUGAUUGUGUGUGAGCGUUAGUGUAGUGUGURCUAUUUAAAGACAGUUGAUGAUGCAUCGUGUCCUCUCCUCCGUACAUAUAAUUUCCUCAGCAGAGUCAGCAGACCCCUCGGGUGUGGCGGUGUAGAAAUGUCUUAUUCGGUCUUAUUCAACCCCCUUCCGCUCCAUUUCUCCGCUCCCCCAUCUCCUGAAACAGGGAGCUACAAGACUGUGAAGAAUUCUGUUUUAUUAAUAGUUUCAAUCAGAAAUGAAAUCAUGUUCACUUGCCCCACAGUUAUAGCUUGUUGUUCAGUAACAGUAUUUGUGUUGUUUAAAAAAAAAAAGGCCUUCUGUAGUUUUUCUCAUUUUCUUCUCUUUCUCUUUGCUAAUGAUUGGCUCGUAACAUAAUAACAUCCCUUUUUUUUUGUGACUAUUUCAUAUCCUUAGAUUGUGCUUGAGGCUGUAAAAGUAGAACAAGAAAAAGGUUGAGAUUACAAACUAGGGGAGCUUGUGUUUGUGCGCGUAACAAAUAAUCAGAGCUGAGGAGUUUAGAAGGGUGUGUUUGGUGCAGCAGUGUGUUACCUCUCGCCCGUCGGAGCCUUAAUGAAUCAAAGUCAAUCUGAGAAACUCUGUUUUUCGAAACGCACGUUUGUUUUGGGCUUCAGGGUUACCCCGGGGAAACGGGGUCUCAUUGCCCCCCGACGACACGUCGCGAGGCACUCUGUUGUUACGAGCAUUCCUGCCCAUUUCGACCCAGAUCAGGGCCUGUAUUCACAAAGGGUCUCAGAGUAGGAGUUCUCGAUCCAUAUUAUCAUAUUCAUUAUUAUCUAAAAGGCUAAACUGAUCCUAGAUCAGUGCUCCUACUCUGAGCCUGACUGAUCUCCAUGUCUUAAGGUGGCUGUUUUUAGCUCCUGCUCUCUUGUGUUCACUUGAUUAUGCAACCUCCACAGACCUGGCUCCUAGCGCUGGUUGAAUAUUUGUUGCUACUGGAACAUAUACAGCACUCGCUACUAAGCACUGUUCUGGAGUCAGUGGUAAUGUACAUCUUGCUACUGGGACGUACACAAACCUCCCUCUUAAGCGCUGUUCUGAAGUCAGUGGCUAAGUACAGCUCCUAUGGUACAUGCAUACUAAAGAACAUGUAAACAUAGUGUUUGGGUCACUCCCUAGCAGUCGCAGCAGCCAUCAUCAUUUCAAAACGCUGGCUAAAUAAAACAUGAUUGAAUUUAAGAUCCUUUUUCUCUUGACAAUAUAAAAACAAAGUGCAGAUAAUAAUGCUUUUCUAACUGGGAACCCAGCCUUGGUGUGAGUUGAGUUGAGCGCAUGCCUGAAGCAGAGAGGGAUCUUAUUGGUCCACACAGAGCAAUGCAAUGUUCCUAUGAGUUUCUAUCAUUCUCUGCUUCAACUCCUAGCAAUGUUACUAAGCACAUCUUUCUAGAAGAGGACAUGCCUUUGAUUGCAUCUUGUUAUUCGAUGGUAUUAGACAUUAAGGACUAUGAGAAAUGAAUUAAAGAACAAGACGUGUACAUACUGUAUAUAAUCAAAAAGUCCAUAAUAAAUGUAACAGGUGGAGUUCUAUUUUUAACACUGACUAGACAAUGUGAAAAAUAUCUUUUUUUCUUUGAUUUACAACUGAAAUGCUGAAAUGUGUUAUAAAAAAAAAA